GCCGUAAAUAAUGGCCCUAGGUUGGUGAAGGAAGAACGGCAAACACUUAUUAUUUGCCGGUGGAAAACCCUGAACAUCCUUAAAUUCCUUCAACAGUUCAACCGUCGAAAACAAAUCAACACGGCGUCAUUUCUAAAUGUUUAAAACCCUCUCUCCACUGAACCAAAAAUGAUCUCAGUCCUCUCCGAAUCUGUAGUCACCAACUCACAGCUCACCCCGAUCUCCUUCCGAAAACUCAUAGACCUCUCGCUCUCAUCAUCUUCCCAACCCAACCUCCUCUUAAUCUUAUCUCAAUACAUCCACCUUCUCGACACUAAUCUCUUCAAUUCUCUCAUUAGAUCCUACACCAACUCGCACCGCCACCUUGAAUCCACCUUGGUCUUCACCCACAUGCCCAAACUUGGCAUUUCUCCUGACCUCUUCACCUUCCCUCCUCUCCUCAAGUCAAUCUCUCAGCUAUACCUCCCGAGCCUUGGCGUAUCGGUUCAUGGUUCUCUGAUCAAGUUAGGAUUCUCUUCACAUGUCUUCUCGGCCACCGCUCUUGUCACCAUGUAUUCUUCACUGUCCCGUGUUAGUGAUGCAUGCUGCAUUUUCGGUGAAAUGCCUGAUCGGAAUUCAGUUUCUUGGAAUGCAAUGAUCACCGGUCUUGUACACAACAGGAAGUUCAAAGAAGCACACAGGUUGUUCAGUGAGAUGAUUUCUUUGGGCUAUGAGCUAGGUGAAGUCACAGUAGUCGGUGCGCUAACGGCUUGCGCUCACUUGGGAUCUCUUAAUCAGGGGAUAUGGAUUCAUAACUAUGUAGUUCAGAAUCGACUAAGAAUGAAUGUGUUUGUUGGCACUGCUCUCAUUGACAUGUACAUGAAAUGUGGAGAGAUGAAGGAAGCCAUGAAAGUCUUCCGAGAAAUGAGAGUAAAGAGUGUGUUUUCCUGGAAUGCUUUGAUAUCAGGAUUGGCAAUGAAUGGGAGAGGAGAAAUGGCAUUUGAGGCGUUUGAUUCCAUGAUAAAAGAAAAUUUCAAGCCUGACAGUGUCACUUUCUUAGCACUUUUGUGUGCUUGUUGUCAUCAAGGGUUUGUUGAGGAUGGCAGAAGGUAUUUCAUUGCCAUGGAGAGAGAUUUUGGCCUUCAGCCAAAGAUAGAGCACCAUGGUUCCAUGGUGGAUCUUCUUGGCCGAGCCGGGCUAUUGGAUGAAGCUCAUGAGCUCAUCAAAACAAUGCCUAUGAAAGGCUUGAGAGCUGAUGCUGUUAUUUGGAGGGCCCUACUAACUGCCUGCAGAAUUCAUGGGAAUAUCCAAUUAGGCAAGCUUGCUGUUCAAAUGCUUCUUGAUUUGGAUCCCGACAACAGCGAAAAUUAUGUCUUGCUCUCGAAUUUGCUGGUUCGUGAUCAGAGAUGGAAUGCGGUUGGAAAGGUUAGAGAGAUGAUGAGCAGAAGAGGGAUUGCGAAGCUGCCUGGAUGCAGUUCCAUUGAAAUCAACAGCACUGUGUAUGAAUUUGUUGUCACCAGCCAGUUUGAUAAGGAUGGAAUGCAUGACAUUUAUGAAAUGGUGACUAGUAUGAAUUGGGAGCUGAAGUUGGCUGGUUAUGUUGCUGAGACUGAUAUGGUUUCUUAUGAUUUAGAGGAAGAGGAAAAGGAAAGCUCACUCAUGUAUCAUAGUGAAAAAUUAGCACUUGCAUUUGGGCUUCUGAAGACUUCACAUGGAUCGACUUUAAGAAUAGUGAAGAAUUUGAGAGUGUGUAAGGAUUGUCAUUCCUACUUUAAGCUUGUUUCAAAGGUGUAUCAGAGGGAGAUAGUGGUGAGGGAUCGGAAUAGAUUUCAUCAUUUUAGUGCAGGUGCUUGUUCGUGUAGAGAUUACUGGUAGUACAACUUAUGUGGUCGGUCCUAUGCUUCCAAAGUUUCUGCGACGUUGAAUAUGGUAAUUGUAGCUUUUUCUAAUUUAUGAUUGAGUUGUUUGUGUUGUAUGCAGUAACAUAUUAUUGUUAUUUAUUCAUGAAUAAUAUCAAUACAGGAGCAGUUGAAUUCCUCAUUCUAUA